AUGGCCACUCCACGUCCAGUAGUCACUACUGGGGGACCACCAAAUAAUAUGGGCGGCGAGGAAACUCAGGAAAAGGUUGCUGCUGCUCGUACAGUUUUGGAAGCUCGAUACUCACAACGCCCUGGAAGUGCCGCUGGUGAUGGCGGCACCAUUGGACCUAAUAGGAGGCAGAGACGACCUACCAAUGAAGCUGAAUCAAAUCCAAUGGGAUCAAUGAGCUUGAAGAAGAAAUCUCAGUCGAAUGCAUCGUGGAAUGCACUAUUUAGGUCGAAGUCAAAAUGCGAGCAUGACAAUACUGAAGAAGUCGGAGAUUCUGGUACAAGCCUCGAGUCUGCAAAAUCCAAAGAGGUCGGUGCAGAUGACGAUAGCUCAAUUGAAGGGGGAAGUAAUGGCUCUGUGAACGACUCUCAGCAAGUGCGAUCAUGGUAUCUCAAGUACAAGAGACCAAUGCCUGGAGACGACUCGUCACUUCGGUUAUCCAUGGCUCCUGGCGAUGCCUCCACAUUGGACAUUGAUGCUCCAUUGUCACCUACAGCAGCCCACGAACGUCAGUUUUCCGAGGUAUCUGUUACAUCCGUUUCAGAGGGUGAUGGGAUACCUGCUGGUAAAAAGAAGAUCAAUCCACUUGCUCAAAUUGGAGGUGUGCUGGCACACGACAAGUGGUUUGUCUUGGAUGAUUCGGAAGUGAACUUCGAAACUGCCCCUGCUUCUGGAUUGGGACAUGUCACUUCGUGGGAUGAUGGACGACCGAGAUUUGUGAUUGCGCUUGAGAAACUGCCAAAAGAGGAAUUGAAACGACAGGAGGUUAUCUAUGAGUUGCUUAUUACCGAACGAGAAUACGUGCGGGAUUUACAUAUUGUGAUUAAUCUCUUCAUGAAGAACAUGAGGGAUAAGAGUAUUGUGCCUGGCAAAGAUUUGCAUGUGGUGUUUUCAAAUAUCGAACAAUUACUUCCAGUCAACCAAGAACUGCUUUCUCGUUUGGAAGAGAGACGGCGGCUCUCUAACGGUGUUGUUAAAGAAGUGGCAGAUAUAUUCAUCAAAGUGGAACAAUACUUCAAGAUCUAUACUCUAUACUGUGCGAAUCAGCCGGAAGCAAUGGCAUAUCUCAAACGUGAAAAAGGAAAUGAGGACUUAAGAGGCUUCUUGAUGUAUUGCUUCCUUCGACCUGACUGUCGUGGCCUGGAUAUUGGUGCGUUCUUAAUCAAGCCAGUACAACGUGUUUGCAAAUAUCCGUUGAUUCUCAAGGAAUUGCUCAAACACACACCGGUAGGACAUCCAGACAGAGCUAAUCUGGAAUUAGCGGCUACAAACAUCAACAAGGUGGUCGAUGUCGUCAAUGAAAGACGUCGAUUUGUAGAGAAUCAGCAGAAGAUGUUGGCCAUCAUGCAGAAAUUGGAAUUUUCAGAGGGUUCCCUGGUUCACGAACCUUCUCGACGAUACAUCAAUGAAGGCAUGCUUAGUCGUUUUGAUCUGGGAAUGUCCAUGAACACAGCAGAACGAUACGUCGUCCUGUUCUCGGACUGCCUAAUCAUUGCCAAAUACGGAGUCAUCAAGAACAAGAAGGCACAAGUCUCCAAAAUCUACCCACUAUCAGUUCUCGAAACCGUGGAAAUCGUUCCAGAUACAACGGCCAAGAGUGCUUUCUCCUUGUCAAUUCAAGAACGCAAGGAUCCGUACAUUUUCGAGUGUGCUAGUGACAAAGAACGGAAAAUAUGGAUGGACUCAUUCAAUAGUGCUAUACGAGAUGCCAAGGACUGUAUAUCGCCUACUGGAAUCAAGGGCAGCAGCUCGAUUCAAUUAUCACUGAUUGAGAGACAGCUCAGUGAUAUGAAACCAGGAGCCAUGACAUGGUCGCCAGCCAAUUUAGAAGCUGCAAGACAAAUGAUGAGCAGUAGAUCAAUAAGUUCCAAGACCAAGACGUCGUCUACGGACAUUUCGUUGUUGGCAAGCUCAGAUCCAGCUCUCGUGAAACGAUCCUCUUCAAUGCCUAGAGUUGAAGAAAUCGGUGCUCCCAUACCUAGACCACCAGAUGUAGCGUCAAAACCUGAAGGUUCAGGUAGUCCCAGAUUACGUCGCGUUAGAAAGUCUGGUGAAACUAUUAAUGUAGAUUCGAGAUUGUCGAUUCAAUCUAUACCGUCAAGUGCUCCACCAGUUCCUGCUAGACCUAGCCCAUCAUCAACCAGUUUAUCGAGCCUUGCUGCUGGUGGACCAUCGAAACCCCCACCCAUUCCACCAAAGAAACCAUCGUCACCAACCCGUGCUUCCAUGUCUGGUCCAUCGACAAAUACCAUGGUCGCCUCACCGACACCAACUACUCCGACAAUAUCCGAAGCACCGACAAUAUCAACCACUCCAACACCCAAAUCUCCAUCACACGCAGAACCAAUAAGUACAAGACCUGUUAUUUCAGCUCCACAACCGAAGGCACCAGCCUUGGGAGGUGGUGGAUCUCGUGUCCGUGAAUUGGCAGCACUUUAUGGAUCUACGUUAACUUCAGCACUUCCUUCACGUAUUGAGAGCUCUGAUGUAUCCAAACCACCACCAUUGCUUCCUAAACCAAAACACCAACAACAGCCAUUACAUCAUCAUCAACAAGAGUCUAGUGUUGCAUUGACGCCAGAAGUGAUACCUAAACCAGCUGCUUUACAUACAGACGUUGUACCAAAACCAAGUAUAACAACCGAACAUCAUACACCAACAGAAAACUCAUCAAAUACAAUAAAGAAAUCUGGUCCACCACCUCCACUAGCGCCAUCUCCAGCAGCCUUGAAAGCUCAACAACAGCAAUAUUCACCAGCUCCCGUAGCACAAAACGAUUUACAUUCUGUUGGACAAUCGCUAGUCAACACCAUCAACAGCAACAAUACGUCGCACGUAGUUAAACCGGCACCAUCAGCUGCCGCAGCAGCCAAGAACUUGCGAGAGAGGAAAGCCCAUCCUCAAGAGUAA